AUGGCAGCAAAUGGUGAAUCAAACCCCAUCGCCGGUAUUAUUGGAAGUUGUCGGUACAGUGAUUAUCUGCACAUCAUUUCCAUUAAGAAUGAUUUGACUUUAAAGGAAAUCUAUGAAUCUAUCUUAGUGAAGUGGAACGAUAUACAUCCCGACAAAUUGGUGCUCCAAUACUUGGCUCCCCGUGAAAGAAUGUUUGUCACACUGACUUCUGACGAAGACAUGGUGAAUAUGGUUACAUUGCAUUUGGUAAUGCACAUGAGUGUAGUCGACAUUAUGGUGAGCCGCACUGAUGAACUUGAUGGGCGUAGAAGGAGGACCCCCAGCAACGGUUGUGGUGAUGCUACUCUUCGUACAAGGGGUCAUCCCAAAGCCGAUGCUACGUGGAUUUCGCAACUUAUGAAACAAAAAUUGAGAGAUGAGCCAGGUUACAAACCAAUUGCUAUUUUGAAUGAGGUCCAAAGAAAGUACGGUGUGGAGCUUAAGUACUAUACGGCGUGGAGAGGUAAGGAGAAAGCAAUGUAUGACAUUCAUGGGGAUGAGUCGAGCUGUUAUGAUAAACUGAGACGUUAUUGUCGUGCACUGAAACAGAAUAACCCUGGUAGUUGUGUCGAUUAUGAGAUUGACCCUCAAACUCAAAAGUUUCUUCGGAUCUUUAUUAGUUUUGGAAAUUCUAUUUUGGGUUUCCACCGUGGGUGUAGGCAAAUGAUAUGUUUGGAUGGGACUCAUAUUAAAAAUAAAUACAAAGGUUGCUUACUUUCUGCUGUGUCCAAAGAUCCAAAUGAUGAGUUAUACACAUUGGCCUAUGCAAUUGUUGAUGCCGAGAAUGAUAGGAAUUGGGAGUGGUUUUGUAAUAAGCUGAAAGAGAUUCUUGUUUAUCACAAUGGGGGUUUAUUGAAAAAUUACACAAUUUUCUCUGAUCGUCAUUCGGGGCUUAUUAAAGCCAUUCCACUGGUAUUUCCUGGUAGCAACCAUGCUUAUUGUUUGCGACAUUUGGAGGAUAACUUUAGAACAAAGGUUCUAAGAUCGUAUCCAUUGCACAACAAAGCAUAUUGGGUGAGUGUUCUACAUAAGGCUGCAAUUGCUCCUACUCGGCAAGAGUUUGAGGAACAUAUAUCUCAUAUAGUUCAAUCAAUGCCUCGUGCGGAAUCAUUUAUCCGAGACUCUGAUCCCAAUCGUUGGGCCAAUGCAUACUUUUCUGGGGAUAGAUAG